AUGCCGUCAACAGAAGAAGGAAACGGUGGCGGUGCCUCAUCUACGGCACCGCGUCUGUCACGUCAUAGCCGUUUUUUUCUGAAGGAGAAAAUGCAGAAGGACGCCAAGAAGGAGGGUGACAAGAGGAAGAGAAAUCUGCACUAUGCGGCAGCCUCAAGGCACCAGCGCUCACUGCAUUGCCUAACCAAAUUUGACUGUCCCGUGUGUUGCAUGAAGAACACCGUGAGGGUGGACCUCAGCACCAAGGAACAAAAUGCAGUUGUGCGCUGCACUUAUUGUAUGUCAUUGCGUCCCCGUCCAGCGGAGCUGCCGUAUCCAUUUUUGACGUCUUUUGUGCCCAGGCUUGAGAACCGCGCCGAUGUGUUUUUUAAGUUUAAUGAGCUGUACCGUGGACUGGCGGUGGAAGCCGACCCCAACGGUAAAAUGCACAAAGCCCAUGACGAGACGGGGGUCGGCGAAAACUACACCGCAGGCGGCGUGCUGUCAAUUUCGUCUAGUCACUGGACGAGUGGCGUCACGGGUAUGCCGAUGGAUGCGGACGGGAAGGCGGCGUCCGGAGGGGAAGAAGAUGAGGAAGGAGAGGAGCGCAAAGAAAGAGAAGAAGAAGAGGAGGAGUUGGUUGGAGCAAAAGAUGCCAGCGGCACUGUGGAGGACAUGCAUGCUUUUUUUGCUGACAGCGACGACGACGACGACUGA